AGAAGCACUACCUGAGGAGAGUCUUUCCCUAGCAGCACCCUGAAGGUCCUUAACAGACAAGUAAAAGUGAAGAAACUUGUCUACAAAUACAGAAACAGAGAAGAGGAGGUGUUUAGGGAUAUAUUUCAUUACUGCAGUUAAUUUGAGAGAGCAGAAGCAAAUGAAAGCUACUAUAUGAUGGCAGAAACGUCUUCCCUUUUAAGAAGGAAAAAAAGUACAUAUGUAAAUAGUGUCAUUACGGAGCACAGCAAUUCCAAAUCCUUGACUUCUUUCAUGUCCUCCCAGGAUAGUGGCUACAUUGAAUCACAGCAGACUCCAAGUCGCAAUACAGAAGACACUCGGAGCAAAGCUAAAGGAAUUGGUGCUGCAUACCUGCCUGUUUAUCCAGACACAUCGCCUGACUUGGCUUUGUCUGGGUCUCCUGCUGAGUGUGGGGAAGGGUCGUGCUCAAGUGGUGAAAUUCUGGACAGAAAAGUGUCUGUAUUUCCUUCACUGCUUUAUGAAACUCCAAAACUUAUCAGAAAGGAUGCCCCUUUUCGAAGGCGAUUGCUCUUGUCUAGUGUGUGUUCAAAUGGGAGCGUAGAAGAUGUAAACACCCCAGAUAAUCUGACACACAAGAGUGUGAGACAGUGGACAACACAUGAGAUUUCCAACUUUGAGGGAAGAAACUGUUUGUACAGUUUUGCAGACUCUCCCGGAAAUGAGAACUUUGAUGUUAUAGCUACUAGCACUUUAAAAACUGAAGAACCAGUCAACUCUUGCAACAAAUGGAGGCUUGCAUUUGCUCAGAAUCGGACUUCAACAAUUGAUGAGUCAAAAUGCAAAGGUACAGCUUUGACAGAAGAAGUCAAAUUUGAAACUCCCACCCAAAACAGUGAACUCGAGUCUUGUUCCGAUCCUGAAAAUCCUUACUUGGAGAUAUUUAGAACGCCUACUUCUGGUUCAAAGACAAGAUCACUGGAAAGCAAUUUUCUUACGCCAGUCAGCAGCCUUGCAGCUGAUUUGAAUUUUUCGAGUAUAAGUACGCCACCUGUAACACCAGUGGCCACACUAAACGUUUCAACAACUGAAGACAGUGGGUUUAAUUCUCUUGGCUUGGAUGGUUCUCUAGAUUCAUACAGUGAUCAUGAGGGAUCAUUUCAAGAGCUUGCUUGUAGUUAUAAAGAAACACCGAAAAGUUUAGAUAGUAAGAGGCGGCAAAGAAAACUGGAAAGGGUAAAGAGGUUGUCUACCCUUCGUGAAAGAGGAUCUCAGUCAGAGACUGAAGAGGAUGGUAACAGAACGUUAAUAAAUGACCUGGAGGUGAAACUGAGGAUAAAGAAAGAUAGCAUCACAGAGUGCGAUGAACCUGUUUUUACUGAAAAGGUCAGUGAUGAACCAAUUUUGAAAGUAGGGGAUUUGUCAAGAACACCUGCUUUGCAAAUUAUACAUGACAUUUGCUUACGGAGUCAAAAAGGACACCCACAGCAACAUACUUUGCACAGUGUCUUGGAAUAUGAAUCUAGGACAAAAAGUUGUGAACGGGUGAUGCAGCUGGCUGGUUUAAUUGGCAGAAAGAUGGGUCUUGAAAAAUUAGACAUAAUGUUGGAAUUGAAAAUCAGGAAUUUGAAACAUGUUAUUUCUGAAAUUUUAAAUACCUUAAGCAUUGAGGAUAUAUGCAGGUAAGGGAUUAAAAGUGAUUGAAAACAAA